AUGCAGAAGCCCGCGAAUCCCCAUCCGCUGACUGACGACCACUUACCAUCUGCCAUGACCGGAUUAUCAGAACAGAUCAAGCGCAAUCCCAUUGGAAAUGGGCUUGAUGAUGUUCGCAGCACUUUCAAGUCCCUAUGCACCAGGGAAAAGACGCCAUAUUCUACAGAUUCAGUAGAUCAACUCGGCCAGGAAGAUCUUCGGAACCUGACCCUCCCUCUCCUGGUUGCCUUGCAAAGCCACGUCCUUUCAAUAUCUCUACCAUCGAAAUCGGGCUGCGGCAGUAUACAAAGUGAUCUCCUCAGACUUAUCUCGGCCGCAGUCUCCGACAGCUUCGACUUCAAUCGCGUCAAACCACUUCUGAAAGCGGCUUGCUCUCAUAAACUCGAUGAUGCCACCAUCUGGGAUCAAGCAUAUAGUGCCGUUACAGAAACCACGCCACCCCCCCGAAGGAUAGCUUCCUCGCUUCAACAAACACCAUGGCUGCGAAGCACGAGCAGUUUCACGAACUCAUCCGAACACCGCCGAUACGUUGACGAUAUACUGAAGGAGGAGCUAGGCACUAUGUACGUGGGACUUCCCGGAUUCCGAGAUGCGUAUUUUGGAAGAUUGGACGGACUAGAAGCUGCAUCCAAGGAGGUUUUCGAUCAGUGCCUUGAUGGCCGCGAGCCUGUAUUUCAAAAUGGCUGGAGGGAAUGGCCUCGGGAUCCGAACGAAAAAAGCGUGUUGGAGUGGCUUGCCGACAUCGUAAAGACGCUGGCGCUACUUGCAAAAGCCCAGAAGUCCAAUACGACACAUCAGCGGAGCCUUUUAAUACAGCCCAACACGCCGAUGCAUGGUUCGACGGCGGACCGCAGACUGGAUGUUGGGUUUGUCGAUGAUUUAAAGGGACCUCCAUACCACUGGAAGCAAAUAUUAGUACCCGGAGAACUAAAGAGUAAUCCGUCUGCCGACACCGCCUCCAAAGCUUGGAUCGACCUUGGGAGAUAUGCGAGGGAAGUGCUAGCCGCACAGGACACCCGACGCUUUGUGAUGGGCUUCACGCUCUGUGGAUCUCUCAUGAGGGUGUGGGCCUUUGACCGGCUUGGAGCCCUCGCAUCAGAGCAGUUUGACAUCAACAAAGACGGCCUGCAGUU